UGUUUUUAGAAACUUUGUCGUGGAAAAAAAGGGUAAUAGAAUUAAACUGUGGAGUCGUAUCCGGACAUAUUCAGCCGUGUAAAGGGAAUGAUACGCCAACAUUCAUCUGAUAUAAUUCACCAAAUGUACAUAUUACUGAUUGAGCUGUAAAAUUUACGGUCACCGUUUUGUUAAACAUACAUUGCAAUAAUGGAGCAAAAAAAUGAAACUAUGUUCACGCCAUUGACUUGUUAGCUUUAUCAGUUGCCAUCAAUGCCUUACCUUUCGGGGAUUUCGAGGUUUCCAAGGUUUCCAGCUUACUGUUGUUAGCACUUGAUACAAAAUGCCUGCUUCAUUGAGAUGCACGCUACUAGAUUGAAAGGUCGCUGCUUUUAUACUUACCAGCAAGAAACCCGGUUUCUUUACCGUCCAAGAGGAGGAACAGAUGGUAGAAGAAAAAUUUUCACGGCGAGGUACGAUGAUUGAUUACUACGAGGUCAAGAAUGCGCUACGGAUCCAUUCAUGGAGAAACCGAAUCGUCAGAAAUGCAAAGAGGGGCUAGUAGAAGAAAUUGACUUGCAACGAAAAACAAGUCUUAUCUCCCAAACCGUAUCUCAGAAUUGGACGAAUAAUAUAUCAAAAUCACAUAUUUUCCGAGGAAAGCUCUUCGGCUGGUGCUCUGGCGUCGCCACCGCCUAUCUCCCCCUCCGACUCGUUCUACUCAUCGGUGCAGCUUUCGGACUCAUCGGCUAUGGCAUCCAAUUUCUGUUCCUGGCUAACAAAAUCGCGUAUCUAUCAUAUUGGCAAGUUUUUAUGCUAACUGCCUUAGCUGGAAACGGCAUAUGUUGGAUAAAUACAGUAUGUUAUCUCAUAUGUACGCGGAACUUCUGUCCUGAUAGCCGUAUUGCUGCCGGAUUAUCUACGAGCUAUGUUGGAUUGAGUGCUAGGGUUUACACUGCUCUGGUUGAUUUCAUCUUUAACCCUGAGCCUGGCAGAAAAGCGAAGGCUUAUUUGUUACUCAAUGCCAGUGCACCAAUCUUUAUCUCUGUAAUGAUGAUGCCACUGCUGAAAGUGAUCAAGGUCGAUGAGGGAUCAUGUUCUGGUGGUGAUGUAGAAUUCUUGGUGAUGUUUGUUAUCACGUUGGCGACUGGAGUUUGCGCAGUUUUUGGUAGUAUUGGAUCUGGGCGUGUUUGGUCGACUGCGCAUAUUGUGAGCUUAGGAGUGCUUCUGCUCUCUCCAAUUGCACUACCGAUGUUUUUGAAGGUCAAAGAACGAGUAGAAGAAAGACUAAGGAGUACAAAGGAAAGUAAGGUCCAUGUUCUCACGAUUGAGGAAGUUGAAGACGGCGAAAGAGUUACAGAGUCUGAAGAAGAUAGCGAAAAAUUUAACCAAAAAGAUGUUGAAGAAGGAGAGGAUAAGGAAGAGGAAGUUGGAUUUAGGACUCUCGUGAGGAAGUUGGAUUUCUGGUUGUAUUUCUUUAGUUACAUGUUUGGUGCUACGCUUGGUUUGGUGUUCUUGAACAACUUGGGUCAGAUUGCUGAGUCUCGUGGGCUUGUCAAGACUUCAUCUUUGGUUUCUUUGGCUUCCUCUUUUGGAUUCUUUGGGCGUGUUAUGCCUCCUCUUCUCGACUACUAUUUUGCAAAGAAAGGACGCACAAUAUCAAGGCCAGCAUUCAUGGCAACGAUGAUGGCUCCAAUUGCAGGAGCCUUCAUCCUCCUCCUCAACUCAACCACCCUCUUCUUAUACAUCGCCACAGCGAUCAUCGGAGCGUGUUCAGGCUCCAUCACCUCCAUCGCUGUCUCUGCAACUCCUGAGCUUUUUGGUACCAAAAAUUUUGCGGUAAACCACAACAUUAUUGUUACAAAUAUACCGAUAGGAUCUCUUGUCUUCGGUUACUUUGCCGCAGUUUUGUAUCAGAGAAAAGGAGGGAGUGAGAGCUGCGAGGGGACUAAAUGCUACUCUCAAACCUUCAUCAUUUGGGGUUCAGUUUGCUCCAUUGGGACUGUUCUUUGUACCAUCCUUUAUAUUCGAACUCGUAGAUUUUGUUCGAGCUAGGACUAAUCCUCUAACUGUUGCUGAUCUAGUGUGUAAUGUUAGAUCGAUGUUAUGUAGUGAAAAGAAAAAAAAAUCUCAAUAAACUCUAAAGCGGUUAGUGUUAAGAACAAAUGUUUGAUUGUUAUAUUUUGUUAAUAAUAACCUGCAACACUAAGAUUUAAUA